GAAACCCACGCAGACACAUGGGGAGAAUGUACAAGCUCCUUACAGACAGCGGCGGGAAUCUGAACUACAGAUUCAAAACAUGCCAGACCACAGAAUUAAAUCUGAAAGUAUUUUGAAAGGACACCUUGGGGAGUACAAGGCCAAUUGUUCAGCCUUUAUGAAAUCGUCAGAAAUAUAGAAACAAGAAGACUCCAUGAAGAUGAAGCCCAUGGAGGGAGGUGAGGUACCACUGAGAAUAAAUACUUUCACCCUCAUUCCAAACCAAAAAUACCGAAGAAGUUGUAGACACCUACAAUCCAAGAAAGGUGGCAACAGACUGGAAAACUUUCACAUACAGUAUAACUGCGGCUAUUUCCAGAUAAUACCAGUUGAAAUCUUUCACAAAGUGUUGUGCUACCUUUCAGUGACAGACAUCAGUGUUCUGAGCAUGGCAUCAAAAGUGGUUGGCACUCAGGUUGUGGGUUAUAUUGCCACCUCAUCAGGAAUCAGACGGCUUUUAUUGGAGGGUUUCCACUCUACCGAUGUUGCCAAGAAAUCACUUGCAAUGGAACAUUACAGAUCUUUAGGGUUGUUGUUUAAAAGAUGUACUCUUCUGCUUCCCACGAAGGAAAGACUAAAGUUUGUGCAUAAUCAGUUAUUAAAGAAUCCAUGCUUUAGGAUGGGUGGAUGUACAAUGCUUGUGCAGUGCUCAGGAUUUGCUUGUUUUGGGAUGUUAUUACAGACUCUUAUAGCAGGCUGGGAUGAGCUGGAGUGUCAUCGUGUGUUCAAUUUUCUGAAUGAAAGUGCAAAUCUGCCUCGGAAAAUGCAAAGUGUGGUGUGCAGUAGACCAGGUGCGACCAGAAAGCUGGAAUUACAGAUUCGCCUAUUUUACCGACGGGUUCUAUUAGAUCACUGGGAGCAUCAGUGUGAUAUAGCUUUCUGGCUGACUCGCAUCCUAAAGCCUUGGCCGAUGGUAAACCAAGCUAGAUUGCUGUACUUGCUGUACGGGCCUAUGUCCAUCAAUGAUGGGGGUCAAAUCCAUUGGCAUCAUAUGACCCAGAUACCUGCAGGCGAGGAGAGUAUAAAGGGUCUUGCAGUAGCAGUUAGAUUGCUACAUGAAAAUGCCAAGGAAUGGACAGCUGAUGACAUUUUUACCUUGUUAGAAGAAUUAGCAGGUUUUCCCCAAGAAUGGCUCCUAGAGAACAGUGCUCGUCUUCUGAUCUGUUGUGGGAAUAACAUGUGCUUUACAUUCCUGGCCAAUAAAGCUGUAAAUGGGAGACUAAAUGAACUUGCCACACUUAUUGUGUUUCUGUCUUUGGUAUGUGAAAAGGAUGGGUAUUGCAUGGACUGGACCGUGAAAAUGGUGCACAGAAUCUGCAAGGUGAUAGCCAGCAGUGAAAGCAGGUGGAAUUUUCUACAGACCAUUGAGAAGGUUUUUGCUCGAGUCACCAUGGACAUGAUUGAAUCAUUAAUGUUUAGUGGCUUUGAGGAGGACGAAGGAGUAACAUACAACAUGUACAAUAUGGUGAAUGCCCAAGCAGAAUUUCAUAAAGAAGUCAUGCUUCGUGCCUUUGGCAACAUACUAACCUGA